AUGGUGACAGCUACUCAUCAGACCAUGAAAGCACAUCCGGCCCAAUUAAAAGUGUUGGGCGUUGAUGUUGAACUAAUAAGAUCAUUGCUCAAAGUGAUCAUUUUGAUAUCAAUUGCUGGGGCCGCCAUUUCAUCACGGUUAUUUUCAGUAAUUAGAUUCGAAUCUAUUAUCCACGAGUUUGACCCAUGGUUCAAUUUCAGAGCUACAAAGUACUUGGUGACGCACUCUUUUUAUGAAUUCUUGAAUUGGUUUGACGACAGAACGUGGUACCCAUUGGGAAGAGUAACUGGGGGUACGCUAUAUCCUGGAUUGAUGGUGACUUCAGGUGCAAUUUGGCACGUGUUGAGAGAAUGGUUGAGCUUACCCGUUGAUAUUAGAAACAUUUGUGUUAUGUUGGCCCCUGUUUUCAGUGGGUUGACGGCAAUUGCUACCUACUUUUUGACCAAGGAGAUGAAGGAUUCGAAUGCGGGUUUGCUUGCUGCAAUUUUCAUGGGAAUUGCCCCUGGUUACAUUUCUAGGUCGGUUGCUGGGUCAUAUGAUAAUGAAGCUAUUGCAAUUACGUUAUUGAUGGCAACAUUUUACUUUUGGAUCAAGUCGAUGAAGUUGGGAUCGGUUUUCUAUGCCACAUUAACUGCAUUAUUUUAUUUUUACAUGGUUAGUGCAUGGGGUGGGUACGUGUUUAUUACAAACUUGAUUCCAUUGCAUGUAUUUGUUUUGUUGUUGAUGGGAAGAUACAAUCCCAAGUUGUAUACCGCGUACACCACAUGGUAUGCAUUGGGGACAUUGGCAAGUAUGCAGAUUCCCUUUGUGGGAUUCUUGCCAAUUAGAUCAAAUGACCAUAUGGCUGCGUUGGGUGUCUUUGGAUUGUUGCAAUUGGUUGCUUUUGGAGACUAUGUUAAAUCCAAAGUCCCUUCAAAACAAUUUAAAUCAUUUUUGAUUGUUUCUGCUUCAUUGGUAUUUGUGUUGGGAGUCGGUGCAUUGUUUGGAUUAACGGCCAUGGGAUGGAUUGCUCCUUGGACCGGUAGAUUUUACUCACUUUGGGAUACAAAUUAUGCAAAGAUCCACAUUCCUAUUAUUGCGUCAGUUUCAGAACAUCAACCAACUGCAUGGCCAGCGUUCUUUUUCGACACGUCAAUGUUGAUUUGGUUGUUUCCAGCUGGAAUCUACUUGUGUUUCCAGGAAUUGAGGGAUGAACACGUGUUUGUCAUCAUUUACAGUGUCUUGUGUUCCUAUUUCGCUGGUGUCAUGGUUCGUUUAAUGUUGACUUUGACGCCAGUCAUUUGUAUUGCUGGUGCCAUUGCAUUGUCCAAGUUGUUUGACAUUUACUUGAAUGUUGUUGAUAUCUUUGCGGAAAAAAGCGGACAAAAGACAAGCAAAAAGUUGCCCAUUGCUGCAUUGGUGUCGAAAUUGAUUGUGUUGUUGUCAUUUGCAUUUUACUUGUUCUACUUUGUUUUGCAUUGUACAUGGGUAACCUCAAAUGCCUACUCAUCGCCAUCAGUCGUGCUUGCUUCUAAAGCUCCCGACGGAUCCCAAAUCAUUAUCGAUGAUUAUAGAGAAGCUUACUAUUGGUUGAGAAUGAAUACUCCUGAGGACGCAAAGAUUAUGUCGUGGUGGGAUUACGGAUACCAAAUUGGAGGUAUGGCAGAUAGAACAACUUUGGUUGAUAACAACACGUGGAACAAUACUCAUAUCGCCACCGUUGGAAAAGCAAUGUCCUCACCCGAAGAUGUAUCGUACGAAAUUUUGAGACAGCACGAUGUCGAUUAUGUUCUUGUUAUUUUUGGAGGUGUGAUUGGGUAUUCUGGAGAUGACAUUAACAAGUUUCUCUGGAUGGUGAGAAUAGCCGAAGGUAUCUGGCCAGACGAGAUCAAGGAGAGAGACUACUUUACCGAAAGAGGAGAAUACAGAGUUGACAAGGCUGCAUCAAAAACCAUGAAGAACUCAUUGAUGUACAAGUUAUCGUACUAUAGAUUUGCUGAAUUAUACGGUGGACGUGAUGGAGCCGACAGAGUCAGAAAUCAACAGAUCCCUGCUGAUGAACCACCCGAGUUACAUGUUGUUGAAGAAGCGUUCACUUCGCAAAACUGGAUUGUUCGAAUUUACAAAGUUAAAGACUUGGACAAUGUAGGUAGGGACUUGAACCAAGCUACCAAAUUCGACAAUGCCAAGGGAAAGAAAAACAGGUUGGUAAAGAGACCAAACUUGGAUAUUAGAGAGUAG